AUGAGUGGUGGCCCGAUCUAUGCGCUGGGCAUUGAAGGCAGCGCCAACAAGCUCGGCGUCGGCGUCCUCGUGCUCCAUCCUGACGGCAGUUGCGACAUCUUGAGCAACCCGCGCAAGACGUACAUCCCGCCGGCGGGCCAAGGCUUCCUUCCGCGUGAGACCGCAUGGCACCACCAAGUCCACUUUGCGCCGCUUGUCCGGCUUGCGCUCUCCCAGGCGAAGAUCAAGCCAUCGCAGCUGCAUUGCAUCUGCUACACAAAGGGCCCGGGCAUGGGCGCGCCGCUGCGGUCGGCGGCGGUCGGCGCGCGCAUGCUCUCGCUGCUGUGGAAGAAGCCUCUCGUGGCCGUGAACCACUGCGUCGGCCACAUCGAGAUGGGCCGCGCUGUGACCAAGAGCGAGAACCCCGUCGUGCUCUACGUGAGCGGCGGCAACACGCAGGUCAUCUCGUACUCGAUGCAAAAGUACCGCAUCUUUGGCGAAACCAUCGACAUUGCGGUCGGCAACUGUCUCGAUCGCUUUGCACGCGUGCUCGGCCUCUCGAACGACCCGAGCCCAGGCUACAACAUUGAGCAGCUGGCCAAGGACGGCUCCAAGUACAUUGAGCUGCCCUACGUGGUCAAGGGCAUGGACGUGUCGUUCUCAGGCUUGCUCUCGUUCAUUGAGAAGGAAGCCAAAGACAAACUCGCGUCCGGCGAGUGCACCAAGGCCGACCUCUGCUACUCCCUUCAAGAAACCAUUUUUGCCAUGCUCGUGGAAAUCACGGAGCGGGCGAUGGCGCACUGUGGCCAAACCGAAGUGCUCAUCGUCGGUGGCGUUGGCUGCAACAAGCGUCUCCAAGAAAUGAUGGAGAUCAUGGCCAAGGACCGCCAAGGUCGCGUGUGUGCCAUGGACCACCGGUACUGUAUUGAUAAUGGCGCGAUGAUCGCCCAAGCCGGCGCCCUUCAGUUCCAGCACCUCGGCCCGACGCCGCUCGCCGAGUGCACGUGCACGCAGCGGUUCCGUACUGACGAAGUCGACGUCAUUUGGCGCCAAGGCUAA